AUGGCAUCUGCAGGUUUAGGUGCUUAUAUACUGUCCGGCCUUGGUCUCAAUUCCGGAGCCGAAGCCUCUUCCGUAGAGUCUAGCACGUCCUCUGUCAAUAACGGAAGCUCCGGCGGGCCAGCCUCGACAAUCAACACGUAUCAUUCAGUCAUUAAUGUCUCAACUACAAUCAGCUCUGCCAGCUCGGACAUUGCACCGAACGCAACCAUGAAUUUCCCAACAGUACCGAGCUCAUCGCAGCACACUACAGUCCGAGAGGCAUCUUCGAGCACCGUCGGCAACGCUUCUUUCGUUGGCAGUGUCACGGCGAUAUACAGGUCUUAUGUCUCAAGUACUGCCGGCAAUGUCAGCACGGUAGAGGCGAGUAGUACAUCGUACUCUGGGGUAGCCUCACUACUGUAUUCUGGUGACGGAGCAUACUCCAACCAGACUGCCAGCGUCACAAUCUCAACUCCAGGCAAUAGCAACUCGACAGGAUCGAUCCCAGCAGGAUACACUAUGCCAUCCCAAGGGUUUGGAGGGUCUAAUGCCACAGAUGGCGGUACUCUAGGCACGAGCGUCGGCCCAACCAAUGAGACUGGACCGAUAACUAGCACCAUUUUCUCCCCUUGGAUGGUACCAGCUGUGGGCAAUAGCUCAAGUUACUACUCGGCUUGCAAUGCCGAAUGGUUCAAUUUUGGAUUCGAGAACGGCUCUGUCGUCUACACAGCUGUCCCGAAUACGACUGUCUGGGCAACAGAGUACAGUGCGUCCAUCACGACACUCUGCGACGGGAAAGCUCGCAUCGUAGGCGACAUCACAUCGACUGGCGAGUCACCCAUCUUCACCACGCUAUAUGUUCCCAGUACCGUUGUCCUACCAGCACCUAGUUGCAGCAUAGGUCAGUCGGCUUGCAUCUCGAUGCAAAGCGAGUUUGUAACUGGAUGGAGCACUCUUGACCAUCCGGUCUGCACAGUCACUGGUGCUGGUGCAACGCAAGACUAUUGUGGUGCAUGCACCAUCGUUGGUGGGGUUGUACAGCUCAUGUACUUUCCUGUAACAACGAACUAUAGCAGGGAUAUGUGUGCCCCAGCCCCAGGGGCCCCCACGAUUUGUCCUUUCGGUGCUACCACUCCCGGAGCCUCUACGACUACCAACGGUAUCGCACCUGCCGUAUGCGCUUAUUUUCCGACCAACGCCACAAAGGUGGCAGAUUCGGGCAAGAGCCAGCUAUGCAUCGACUGCCGUUUCGUAGUCUCUGAUGGAUUUACCUUCUACGAGAACCGAGCUUACCUCUCCUACCAGACAGCUUUUGCCACCAACACUUGUGGCCGCCUGGGGGCGACGUAUGCUGGCGGUCUCUUGCCGGUCGCAUCUUCAGAUGUCUACAGCGUAUCCAGCUACAAUUACGAUCUUUUCGACUACGCCUACUCUUUCAACUUUGCCGACCUGAACUCUCCCAUUCCAGCAAGCGCAUAUCUCGCCAUGCCAGAUUGCGCUGGCAGUGGAAACAUGGGCGAGCUCCAAUAUCCCAACAAACUCAACGGAGUGGUUGCGCCUGUUAUGUGUAGGCAAUCCAGCUAUGUCAUAUACGAAAGUCUGUUCCAACCGGUACUGGCUGUCCCUCCUGAGAUGAGGGAUCUGGAUCCUCUUUGGUCGCAAUGUGAGCUUGGCUUAGAUGGACUUUGGGAUCCGCCCAGAGCUCUACAGCCAGCAUCGUCUGAAGCAGCGCCUACUGCCCCUGGCCAAUCGAACACAUUGACCAUUACUGCCUCGCCAGCUCAGACGCCAAACUCGCCGGCUGCUACCACGCCGGGUCCAACUAAGACUACGCCGCCGGUUCAAAGCGAUACUCAGGGCUCAUCUACCGGUGGACAACCACAAGGUGGCAGUGCUCCAUCUUCUUCUACUCGACAAGCGGAUGGGAACGACCAAUCCUCUGGAAAUGGAGGGUCGAACCCAAGUUCAAAGAUUGGAGACGGAGUAUCGUCCGCACAAAGUAAUGCUGGGUCCGUCCCUAAUGGAUCGGCAAACAAAGCAUCCGGUAUUUCGAGCAAUGGCGCAAGUAGCGACCCUUCGCAGAAUGCGUCGCCGGGCGCCGAGAUCUCUUCAGCUGACCCAGGCGGCAUCAUCAUCUCAGUCAUUGAGAAUCAGUCCACCGCACAGAGUCAAGCCAUGGGCGGUAAUAGUAAUGACGGAGGUGCGGCUACCACGCAAGGCUCAGGCUCAGGCUCAAGCAACGGCGGCGGCACGAACAAUGGUGGCUCGAAUGAUGGCUCUAGUGGAGACAGCUCAGAAGGAAGUGGAUUCAACGACUCUGGAGGGGGAAGCGUCGUGGCGACCGUGAAUUCAGGAACGUUCAUCAUGGCACCGACCUCGAACUCCGAAGGUUCUACUGCAAUCGUGGUCGCCGCGGGAGGUUCCAGCGCCACGCUGACACCAGGCCAGACCACUAGCAUUGGCGGACAGGCUGUCAGUGCGCAGUCGUCUGGUGGUGGUGUCGUUAUCGGUAGUGGUGGCAGUGCUGCCAAGACAGUACCACCUGGAAACUCCGGCGCUGGAAAUACGAACAAUGGUCAAGCUUCCGUGGUGACGGUUGGCUCAUCUGCUUUCACUGUCCUACCUACACAGUCCGCAGACUCUUCUGGAGUGGUUGUUGCCAAUGGCGGGACUACAUUUACUUUGAAACCGGGCGCAACAACAACACUCGGCGGGCAAGUGGUCAGUGCUCCAACGUCGGGCGGAGCAAUCAUCGGUACCGGAAGCACCGUGGCCACAGUACAACCUACGUCUGCAAACAAUGGCGUUAACUCGGGUGUAAUUGCCACUGUGGCAGGUCAGACCAUCUUGGCCGACCCUUCAGACCCAAGCGGCAUUAUUAUCAACGGGCAGACCCUGACAUCGGGUCAGACGACAACGAUUAGUGGCACACCUGUCUAUGUUGCAAGUGGCUCUGUUCUAGUUGGCGGCAGCAACAAGCAGCCAGCGAGUACAUAUGCCAUUCCUACAGCCGGAAGUUCGGCCGGCGGUGCAACUGUCUUGGGGACAGUGAUAGCUGAUGAUAAAACCCUGACUCUCGAGCAAGUACCGGGUAGCAGUCAGACGCUCAUCGUGGACGGCUCCUCCACCGUAACUCUUGGAAGUAAUGGUGUGGCUACCUUUGCGGGUGUGACAUUAAGCGCAGGCUCUGACAACGUAGGCUCGCCUUUCUUGGUAGUCGACGGCUCGCAGACAGUGCCGCUCAAUGGCCCAGCUACAGCAGCACCACAGGCUCUUAUCACCCUUGGUGGGGAGACCUUCACAGCCACAGAAGUCGGCGGCUCUCCAUCAGAGAUCGUCAUCGACGGCACGACACUACGCGCAGGAGGAGCCGCCGCCACGAUCGACGGCACGGUCAUCUCGCUUGGUAGUGCCGGCUUGGUCCUUGGAGGAACACAAACAAUACCAUUUACCUCCUUCCAAACGCCAGGCACAGCUCAAGAAGCUCUCGUCACUCUCAAUGGCCAAGUCUACACAGCAAGCGAGCUAAGCGAUGGCUCUUCAGGAGUAGUCAUAGAUGGCACCACACUCCAUCCGGGCGGCCCAGCAGCCACAAUUCAUAACGUACUCGUCUCGGACGGGCCAUCCGGGCUAGUGCUAGCCGGCACCCAAACCAUCCCCUUCUCCGCCAUCCAAACAGCACCCCUAGGCUACGAAGCCCUCCUCACCUUCGGAAACCAAGUCCUCACAGCCAUAGAACCACCCGGAGAAGCGUACGUCCUCCUCGAUGGCACGACACUCUCCCCCGGCGGUCCAGUAGCAACAAUCGACAGCACAAUAAUAAGCCAGCGUCCCAAUGGCCUAGUAAUCGGCGGCACGAAAACGAUCCCACCAACACCCAUACCAACCUCAUCCGCUCUCGAGGCUCUGGUUACUAUAUCAGGCGAGAUCUACACGGCAAUCGAACCCGAAGGAGCGGAUUUCGUGAUCGUGGAUGGUACUACGCUUUAUCCUGGAGGUCCAGCGAUGAUGUUAUAUGGGACUGUGAUUAGUGAUGGCCCUGACGGUUUGGUGGUUGGAGGGACGAAGACGGUGCCGUUGUCGAGGAUCCCGAGUAUGACGCCUCCGCCGACUCCAGGGACGGGUGUAUCGGUCACGCCUGCUGCUGCUGCUGCGACAGGCGGACAUAAGAAGUCUGCGUCUUCCUCUUACAGUAGCCAUGGAGCGGAUGGUGUAGUCGUGUUUCUGGCUUCGGCCGUCGCUGUCCUAUGCUUGAUGUAA